AUGGCGGAAAUCGAGACCGGAGCUCUCCAUAACGGGGCGGGUGCAGAACAUCCGGCAACAGGAAAGGACUCAAGAGAACCCUGCUUCAGAGUCCUUGUGACGGGUGGCUUAGGUUUCGUCGGUUCGGCCAUCGUUCGAGCGUUGCAGCAACACCAUCCAGAAUGGAUCGUAUGUAUUCUCGAUGUGGAAAAUGGUCCAGGAGAGUCCUUGCAAGACGAAUAUGACGAGCUGGAUUUGCUCAGGAGUUGUUCAUACGAGUAUGUCCAAGCGGAUAUUACAGACUUCAAUGUCGUGAUGAGAGUUUUCGACCGUGUGAGGCCCGAUGCGGUUGUGCACACGGCUGGAAUUGUGCCACCAUUGAGAGAGAGAUAUUCGCGCCGCAUGGAGUCUGUCGUCAAACGAGUCAAUGUCAUGGGUACUAGGCAUGUUGUCGAAGCAGCGAGAAGCGUAGAGUGCCGUGCCUUCGUGUACACGAGUAGUUGUUGCGCUGUUGUGGACGACAUGACCAAGCCUUACCCAAACAUCGACGAGCGCUGGCCUACACCCAAAAAGAGCUCGAUAUAUGGUGAAAGCAAGAUUGAGGCAGAAAAGAUCGUACUGGCAGCCAACAGAAGUCACAUAUCACCGGAGAAAGUGGUUGUGUGUGACGGCGAGUCUAGCAGCGCGAUGCUCACCUGCGUCUUGAGACCUUCAGUCAUCUUUGGGGAGGGUGACCAUCAGCUGACACCUUCUCUCCAUGCCUGCAUCGCAAAGGGAGAAUCUCGCUUCAUCGUUGGUGACGGAUGUAAUCUGUGGGAUGCGACAUACGUUGGAAAUGUCGCCGAUGCUCAUGUACUAGCACUUGCCAAUUUGCUGGGUGUAGGGUCUCGGCGAGAGGAACCGCAGGCCGACAUGAACGAACAGCUCCCAGAGAUUGGUGGCAACGGGGUUCCAAGCGCCGCUGGAGAGACAUUCUUCAUCCAGAACAAUGAGCCCAUCUCGUUCAGAGACUUUAGCCUCGCCGUGUGGAAAGAGUUUGGUCACUACCCACCUUGGUUGGAAAUUCGCAUUCCAGAAGGACUGGGGUGGAUCCUGGGUCUGGUCGCGGAAGUCUUCACGCGAAUCUCCGGUACACCGACGACCCUGUCCCGUGGUAGUGUGAUGGACGCGGUAGCCAUGCGAUACGCCUCUGGCGACAAAGCCAGCAGGAUACUCGGCUAUCAUCCACGAACCGGGUUAGAGGUGGGCAUCAGGAAAAGUUGCCGUGUGAGUAAUGUGACAUGUCUCCAUUCCCACCUCCUAGUGUUUUGCAAGGCUGCUACUCGGAUUUGGCCCCAAGAGCAGGUGCUAACAAAAUGCAACGUCAUUCAGGAUUAUGCGCGACGGUUAGAGAAAGGACGCCGGCUACGAGCGCAUGAUGAUUGA